GGAGGAGCAGCCAGACAUUUUGUACUGUUACCAACACUUACUCGACUUUUACUUAGUGGAUUGCCAAAACUCAAGUGGAUUUUGGAAGGGGAGCAGACUUUGAACUGGCCUUCAUUGGAACAAUUGGUACUGUGGAAAUGUGAACAAGUACUCAUGAACAGGAUUUUGGUUUCAAAUUUUUCCAACAGUUGCACUCAACAACCCAUUGUCGUGGUUAAGGAGUGUCCGUUCCCCAACUUGGAGGCUUUGUCAUUGGACUUAAUUCCAACCAUAUGGCCUGGCAAAUUUCCAGAUUUUCCUCCAUCUUUUCUUACAAGAAUGCCUAAUCUGUUGGAAUUUUAUGUAUGUGGUAGUGGCUGGGAGGAAAUAUUCCCUUAUGAACUUCUUGAUCCUGAAGUACAAGUUAUGACAGUCCCACGAUUAAGACGACUAUGGCUCUGUAGUCUAACUAUGCUUGCACAUUUGUGGAAAGAAGACACCCAGCCAUGCCCACUUUUUUAUAAUUUGGAAAUUCUUGAGGUGUUGAAAUGCAACAAAUUGAGAAUUUUAGUGCCAUCCACGGUAUCUUUUCGAAAUUUGACAGAUUUAAGUGUAUCAAACUGUCAUGGAUUGAUCAAUCUAGUAACAUCUUCAACUGCCAGAACUCUGCUGCAACUCAACAAAAUGACUAUAAGCAAAUGCAAGAAGAUUACAAAAAUUGUAGCAAUGGAGGAUGGUGAAGCAAAUGUGGCGAUUACUUUCAACAAAUUAACAUACUUAGAACUUGAUGGCUUACCAAACCUCACAAACUUUUGCUCUGGAGCUUAUUCCUUUGGGUUCCCAUCUUUAGAGAAAGUAAUUGUGAGAUGUUGUCCCGAGAUGAAGACCUUCUGUCAGGGAAUCUUAAGUACACCAAAGCUAAAAGGAGUACAGGCAACAGAAGAUGACGAUGAUUCGCAUUGGGAGCAUGACCUUAAUACCACCACACUUCGGCUUUGGGAGUCAAAUGACGAUGAUACUCAGUAACUCAAUGGUUACUUAGAGAAAUGCUGGAAGGUUGAAAAUUCUAAAGAAGAUGAAGAUCAUCCUUAAUAUGCAUGCAGCAGCAGCUAGAAUGUCGUUUUUCAAGCAGAAUUUGUGAAUCCGAUGAUGAAGUUUCUAUCUUUGGAAGUCAGUUGGGCAGGGGAUCCUUCAUUCCCAUUAAUGUUAGUGAAAUAAAACAUGGUUUAUUUAUGGUUGCUUGUUUUAUCAUGUCUUCUUUUUUUUCUUGAUCUCUCUCUAUGUAUGAGAGAAUGCCAAAAAAAAAAAAAAAAAAGGUUUGACAUUGUAUUGAUUUGAUACACUCCUCAUGAUGUACUGUAGUCCGCGACUACGAUGGUGCCAACAAAUAAACUUGAAUUAUAAUGUUUUGAUUAUAAUUUGACCA